AUGGCUGCACCCACUUGGACCGAUGGGGCAAAGGGCACAGCCAGGGCCACCACCAGGGGCUCCCCGAAGGUGAUGGAUGUGGCCAGGCCCAUGGCGGACUGGCGGAGACCCCCGGCCUCUCCUGCAGGACAGGGGAUGGGAUGGAGAAAAUCCAAGAUCACAGCCUCGCGCAAGCUCCUGUUGAAGAGCUUGAUGCUGGCAAAGGCCAAGGAGGAGUGGGAUCAGGAGAUCGUGGACAAACAGUCAGAGAAGGAGAGAUACCUGUCCGAGCGCAUCUCCCCGCUGCACACCAGCGGUCUGUCCUUGAGCCAGCUUCAGGAUCUGUGCCGGGAGCUGCACGAGAAGGUGGAGAUUGUGGAUGAAGAGAGAUAUGACAUCGAAGCAAAGUGCAACCAUAACACUAGGGAGAUUAAAGACCUGAAGCUCAAAGUCCUCGACUUGAGAGGGAAGUUCAAGCGGCCCCCGCUGCGGAGGGUCCGCGUCUCUGCCGACGCCAUGCUGAGAGCUCUGCUGGGCUCCAAGCACAAGGUGUCCAUGGACCUGAGAGCCAACCUGAAGUCUGUCAAGAAGGAGGACACAGAGAAGGAGCGCCCCGUGGAGGUGGGUGAUUGGCGCAAGAACGUGGAGGCCAUGUCGGGGAUGGAGGGGCGGAAGAAGAUGUUCGAUGCUGCCAAAUCCCCCACAGGACAGUGA